AUGCCGCCGCGAGCAUCGACGUCGGCUGCGGCCUUGGAUCACUCCGAUGACGACUUCAUCGUGGCAGACGAUGCUGACGACUCUGGAGAUGACUUUAUGGACUCCCCGCCCCCUUCGGGAAACGCUCGCAACUUUGCCGCCUCUUCUUCCCGAGCAAGAGCAGCCGCAGGCAAGGGAGCUGCUGGCAAAGGAGCUUCUGCUUCGGCCGGAGUAGCCCGCAAGUCAGCCUUGGCCGCCAAAGGAUCGAAGGACGCAUCGCGGUCGUAUGCCUGGGAGCAGACCUUUCAACGCUCUUGGGACGUGGUCAAUGAAGACGAGAGCGGAUCAUUGGAAGCUUCCGUCAAGCACCUCCUCGCAGCGGGCAAGCGGCGGAGAGCUGCAAAGGAGGAGAGGAGAGUGAGGAGAGGGAUCAUCAGGCAUCUAGUGUUGGUACUUGAUGACAGCGAGAAUAUGAAUGAAAAGGAUGGUGGAAGAGGAACAAGACUCGACAUUCUCUUGCCCAUUGCACGGCGCUUCGUCAAUGAAUACUUUGAGCAGAAUCCCAUCGGACAACUGGCAAUCCUACUCAUGCGAGACGGCAUUACAGAUCGUCUUGUUCCCAUGGGCGGCAACACCUCGGAUCACCUAGCUGCACUGUCGAACAAGCGCCGCCUGGAGCCUCGUGGAGACCCUUCCUUGCAAAAUGCCCUAGAGAUGGCCAAGAGCACUCUCGCUCAUCUCCCUACCACCUCCUCGAGGGAAAUCUUGCUUCUUUCCGGAUCCCUCACCUCGUGCGAUCCGGGCAAUAUCCACCAGACCAUUGCUAGCCUCAAGGCCUCCCGUAUCCGCGUCGACCUCAUCCACCUCACUGCCGAGAUGAAGAUCAUGAGGGACAUAGCUCGAGAGACGGGUGGUACAUUUGGAGUAGCCCUGGACGAUCAUCAUCUCGAGGAGCUAGUGCGGGAAGGUAUUGCUCCGCGUGAGAUCAUCAAGAAGGAGGAAGCAGCACCUCGUGUGCGGCGAGUUGGCGACCAAGAGUCAGACGACGACGACGAGGCAGGUGCCGAGCUGAUGCAAAUGGGCUUCCCACUACGUUUGCCCACGCACGCGCCUCCUUCUCUAUGCGCCUGCCACUCCCGUCUUUUCCCACCCUCCUCCUCCUCUGCAACUAGCAGCCUCUCCGGCUCUAGUCGACCUUCGAACAAGCACUCUGGAGCGGGUAGUGGUUUCCUUUGUCCCAGGUGCAACUCGAAGAUAUGCGAUGUACCGACAGACUGCCCUACUUGUGGACUGACGGUGGUGAUGAGUACGCACUUGGCGAGGAGCUACCGACAUCUCUUUCCUGUAAAACCAUUCAGGGGCGUCUCUUGGGAAAGUCUCUCCUCACAAGGUAAUUCAAGACCCUCCUGUACAGGCUGCGAUGAGCUCUUCCCACCCCUCCCAGCUGACUUUCCUCGUCACUCGGCCACAACGAAUGGCAAUGGGACAGGAGUGACAGGAGGUGGACUUUCUCAAUCGGGACGGUACGAGUGUCCCAAGUGCCACAAGCACUUUUGCUUGGAGUGCGAUAGCUAUGUCCAUGGGGAGCUCUUCGUCUGUCCUGGUUGCGGUUGA